AUGAGCAAAGCAACCCUGUUCAGCUUGCCCGGCGAGCUUCGAAAUGCCAUAUGGCGAGAGCUAGUGACCUCAGCAGCUCCCUUGGAUGUGGAACCGCUCUGCGAACCGGACAAGCCAAGACUGAAACAGCCCGCCGCGGCUUUCACGUGCAAACAGCUGCGUGACGAAGUGUUGAGCAUUGUAAGGAUACAGCCAUCAUACCUUACACGCUAUACGAGCAACUACUCACCAGCAUCAGUUCUACUCCGAAAACACCUUCUACCUGGGCAAGAUCGGCUACCACCAUGCCGGCGAAAUUCGCCUCUACGACUUCAACCGCCGCCUCGCCCGCUGGCGCGAGAUGCUCGGCCCCUACACCAAAUACCUCACGCAUCUCUCCAUGAUCAUCGACGGCCAGUGCUACGCGUGGGACGAGGGCACCUUCUCCUUUCCCGGCGACGCACAGUACGAGAUUGAAGCCGAGCGCGAAGGACGUCUGCGCUUCGAAAUGAACGGCCGUCUGCGAUGUACCUGCCGGCUCAAGAAUGGCGUCGUGGACCGCGCGACCAGAGAUGGACGCGUCCUUCUCGAUGUCAUGCAGGAGUAUAGUGCGAGCUAUUGUGAGAAUGUGCGCGAGGGGAGGUGUAACAAGUGUGGAAAGAGCCGGUUGGAAAAGUUUGGGCGUGCAGAGGGGCCGCAUCAGAAGAAUUGGGAGGAUAUUGUGGCGUGCUGAUGAUGGGGGGUCUUGGGUUGUUGAUCAGAGUAGAGUCAUGGUGAGCUCAGCGGCGAGGCAGGGCCGAUAAGGGAUUAAAAAAAUUGCCUUGCCGGCCGUGAGGCAGGAGGAAGAGAAUCCCAAGUCUUAACCUUUUUUUGCCCCCUUCCCGGUUCGUCCUUCCCUCGCUUUCCUGCUGCCUGUCCUGCGAGAUGUUCCUGGUCGCGGCUCAUAAAACACUCCGAUAGGUAGCCACGUGGUGCGAUCAGCUUACAUCACUUCUCGCAAACAGAUCAUCCCUGUUCGGUCUCGUACGUCGUGUUACAUCCACCGGACGGAGAGUUUCAAUAAUUCGAUGCUGCCUGCCAGCCCACCCAAUUAAAAAAAAAAGGACACGACAGGAAAAAAAGACUCCUCUCUCUACGAACAAAACCGAACACAACUCCAAGCAGACGAGAAGACAAGAAUUAGUUAUGCUGCUCAAACUCCCCGGCGAACUGCGCAACCAGAUCAUCCGUCUGGCAGUUCUGGACGACCACCAACAACCCAUCAACCUCCUCCGCCUGCAAUGGACACAAGACCGCACGGGUUACAGCCCCGUCCUCAUUGCCGAACCCGCACUCAGCCGCACCUGUCGCGCUCUCCGCCGCGAAGCGUUAUCCAUCUACUAUGCGGAAAAUCUCUUCCAUCUGGGCACCGGAGCGCACGUCCUGAGCAUGAACGAGGUGCCGCAGCAACUCCAGCGCUGGACGCAACGGCGACUCCGCGAGUACACGCCAUACCUGCGGAAUGUGAGAGUGGAAGUCCUCUGUGAGAUUUUGGGGCCGAAAGCAAAAAACGGACCAGGAGGAGGAGGGGGCUGUUUCUAUCGGGAUUUCUGGGAAAUUCUUCAAUUCUCCGUCUCGCGGUCGGAAAGCGGAGGGGCGGAAUGCGUUCUACGUGGUGAUCCUACGUUCGAAGAACUCUGUGUGUGCGAUAUCGCGAAGAAGAAGGAGAAGAUUUCUGUCGUGGAGAGUUUGGCAUUGGCGAGUCGAUUGUGGUUUUCUGGGACUACGGAAUUGCAGGAGUGUGGGGGGUGUGGACUUCCGAGAUUGAGCGAGGUGAAGAAUUCCGGAGAUGGUGGUGUUGGUUUUCUUUUGACUUUGUAA